CCGAUCAAUGCACACCCUUACUUGCUUUCAACUGCUCUGCAGAAAGAUAACAUAGGGAGUACCACUCAGUGUACUGAUUGAAUAUAAUAAUAAUCCAAGAUAAGAUUCCUUGAAGAAACAUACUUAGUAUUUUAAUGGCUUUUUCAUGACUUUUUUAGGCUAUCUGUAAUAUGUCUGAAUCUAAUAUUAAGUUAGUAACAUUUUAAGUUGUUAAGUGAAUUUCCAUCCCUUCUUCAAGUAAGGUCAUGGCACAAAAAAAUGGUGAACUACUCCAUGUAGUUUUCAUUCCAUAUUUCACACCAAGUCAUAUGAUCCCUUUAGUUGAUAUUGCUAGACUUUUUGCUAGUCAUGGUGUCAAAGUUAGUAUCAUCACCACCACCUACAACGCCCUCCUUUUCGAGUCCUCAAUCGAUCAUGCUACUGAAUUAGGCCACAAAAUAUUCGUCUACAAACUCAAAUUCCCAUCAGCUGAAGUAGGCAUACCAGAAGGGAUCGAAAACUUCAGUGCUGCCACUAGCCAAGAAAUGGCUAUAAGUGUGUUUAUGGGAAUUCCUCUGCUUCAAAAACCAAUGGAAAGUCUUAUUUUCGAGCUUCGUCCUCAUUGCAUUGUUUCAGACAUGUUUUUCCCAUGGACUGUGGAUGUGGCAGAGCAACUGAAGAUACCUAGACUUAUGUUUUAUCCGACUAAUGUUAUGUACCACUGUGUUGAACAUUGUUUGAAAUUGUAUGCACCUCAUGAGAAGGUAAGUUCGGAUUCAGAAAGUUUCUUGAUUCCGGGUUUACCAGAUCAGAUAGAAAUGAAAAGAUCUCAAUUGCCAGAGAAUAUUAUAACUAAAUCUGAAGGACCAUAUUGGGAGCUGAUGAGGAGAAUUAAAGAAUCAGAACCUCGGAGCUACGCUAUGAUUCACGACACUAUCUAUGAUCUAGAGCCGAGUUAUGCUAAGCUUUAUCAAGAAAUCAAAGGUAAAAAGCCGUGGCUUAUUGGUCCUUUGUUUCAUUUUUCAAAGAGGGAAGAGGCAGACAAUUCAAGAAAUACUCAACAUCAAGAACGACACAGCUGCUUGAGUUGGCUUGAUUCUCAAGAACCAAACUCUGUUGUGUACAUUUGUUUCGGAAGUAUGGGGAGGUUCUCUGAUGCUCAGCUUACUGAAAUCGCCUUGGCUCUUGAGGCCUCGAAUUCAUCGUUUCUUUGGGUGGUAAGGAAGGGAGAUGAACCCCAAGAAAGCUGGAUGCCUACUAGCUUCAAGGAAAAGAUGCUUACAAACAGCAAAGUUUUGAUAGUCAGAGGAUGGGUGCCACAGCUGAAGAUCUUGAACCAUCCAGCAACCGGAGUGUUCAUGACUCACUGUGGCUGGAACUCCACCCUGGAAUCUCUCACAGCCGGGGUGCCAAUGCUGACAUGGCCAUUGUUCGCGGAGCAGUUCUACAAUGAGAAGCUGGUGGAGGUUCUUGGAUGUGGAGUCAGGAUUGGGGCAGAGGUGUGGCACAGUACUUUUGACAUCAAGGAUACGAUUGUCAAUAAAGAGAAGAUAGAGGUGAGUUUGAAGACGUUGAUGAACACCUCCGGGGAAAGUGAAAUGAUCAAAAGUAGAGCAAAAGACGUCGAAGCAAUGAUUAACAGGGCUGUGGAGAAAGGAGGUUCUUCUUAUAAUCAUCUAACGGCAUUAAUAGAGGAGCUCAGGUGCCACGUUUUUGGCACCUCGAAAGAGUAACUGAAAACUUAAUGCAUUGAGCUCUCCUUAUUUUUCCUACAAUAAGCACCACGCCUCCUCGUGCAUUACAUGACAGAAGAACAGGAAAAAAAGGAAAUAACAUGUUAUGUUUCAAGCAAUCUUUUCCUCAGUCUCCACUUAUGGGACUACACUGGGUAUGUCGUCGUUGUUGUUUCAAGCAAUCUUUUAUAGACAAAAAACUCUUAAAGAGUGUUUCAAACAAGGGAUCCACCAAAUAAGAAAAUGAAACUAGGUGAAUCUGUAAACAAUGAUUUCCCUUAUCUCAAAUAUAGCUAUUAACAAA